AUGCCCCAAAAAUUAACCGUCGCCGUGGCCCAGGCCCGCACUCGUUCCGACCUACCAUCCACUCUAGCUGCACUGAAGCGCAUCACAGCCCAAAGCGCCUCUCGUGGUGUUCAACUCAUUCUAUUCCCUGAAGCCUAUCUGGGUGGGUAUCCGCGUACUUGCGACUUCGGUGCCGCAGUAGGCGCGCGUGGUGCUCAUGGCCGUGAUCAAUUCUUGCAAUACUUCCAGUCGGCGGUUGAUCUAGGCGAUACUCCGGCUGGAGCCGGCGAUGACUGGGUAGAACGCAAGCUUCCCACAGCCUCGGGAAAGAAUUAUCGCGGAGACGGGACAAGAGAGUAUCUUGAGCAGGUAGCCCAGGAGACUGGUGUCUUUAUUGCGACCGGGCUGAUCGAGAAAGCUGCCGGCACUUUGUACUGUUCAAUGGUCUUUGUGGAUCCCUCGCGCGGCAUUCUUGGAAAGAGAAGAAAAGUCAUGCCAGUGAGUUUCCACUCCUCCCAGGAAUCUAAUCUUGAAUAUAAGCGGGCUAACGUGCUCUGGAUUUCCGUGAAAAAGACUGGUUCUGAACGUCUAGUUUGGGGACAAGGCUCGGCAGCGAGCUUGAAAGCCAUCACUACUGAGAUCAACGGUGUUAAGCUCACUAUUGGUGGAGCGAUCUGCUGGGAGAACUUCAUGCCUCUUCUUCGACAGAGUCUGUAUUCGCAGAAUGUGAACCUUUAUCUUGCUCCUACAGCCGAUGCUCGCGAUACAUGGCUUCCCCUAAUGCGGACUAUUGGUGGUGAGGGACGCACGUUUGUCCUCUCGUCCAAUCAAUGCGUGCGCUACAAUGAGCUUCCAUCUUGGAUCACUGAUCAUGCACCACCACAAGAAGGUUCGGCGGAUGGAAGCCACUAUAUCUGCCGUGGUGGAUCAUCCAUUGUUGGACCACUUGGGGAGGUUUUGGCUGGCCCAAUCUGGGAGGUCUGUGUUGAUGAUACCAUUGACGCCUUGGACCCGGCCAAGGAACAAGACGGUUUGGCCAUCUCGGAAAUCGACCUUGAGGAUUGUGAGCGGGGUAGACUUGAUAUGGAUGUUGCAGGUAGCUAUUCUCGGAACGACGCGUUCAAGCUCACGGUAGAAGGACUUGACUUGAACCCUCCGCCGUUCUAG